UCGAUAAGAAAUAUCUAUUUUAUAAUUCAAAACUACAGUGAUACGUCGAUAUUAAAAAAGUGUUGUAACAUUUAUUUACUUACCUGCAUGUGCUUACGCCAAUCGUUGUAUGGAAUGGAAUCUCAGAGCAUCCACAUCCUAAAGAAUAUUUCAAAAUAUGAUUUAUCCGUAGAACAUGAAUAGAUAUUACGUCCAUGGAUUUACCAAAGGAAUUAUAUGAUGCAGACCUAGUGACAGUGAAACUGGAACCAUCUUUUGAGGUCUUCCCUGACAGCGGACACGCUGCUCCGAGACACAGUGAGGACAUCAAGCUGGAAGACUGUUGUGUGCGUCUCGAGCGGAUUGCCGCGAGCGCUUUCGCCGGCAAGGACGAUGAUCAAGCAGGUCCACUAAAUAAAGCGCGCGGGAGCAGAAACGCAAUGUCUGUCAAGAACACAGCUUUUACAAAGAAGGAAUACCCAUGUCUAAUAUGCCACAAAGUUUUAACUUCCAAAGCUGUUUUAAAAACUCAUGUGUACAUACACACCGGGGAAAGACCUUACUCGUGUCUCAUUUGUAAAAAAGGAUUCACACAUAUAAGCAAUUUAAAAGUACAUGAAUUCACGCACACAGGGGAAAGACGUUACUCUUGCCAAAUAUGCCACAAGAAAUUUAGUUGCAGGAGUAACUUGAACGAUCAUGUAUAUAAAUGUAAAUAG